AAAAGAACUGGGGGGUGGAAUGGAGAAGGGACCGGAGAUUAGUGACUUGGGGUGGAUUCUGGGAGAGAAGGGUCAAAGUGAGAUCGGAGUUGAAGGGGCGGAGGGCAGAUGGGAUGCGGAAAAACGAGUUCCGAUUAAGGAGACUAAUAUCCUACUGGAAGAUAGGUGCAGUAGAUAGAAUCUGGCGAGUGAGAGCUUGGUGGGAACUAUGUGAAAGAUGUCGGUGAGGUAGACCCAGAUUUUGGUAAAGACGAUUAGGGAUGGGGAGCUGAGGUUGAGCUGGGGGCGUGAGAAACUGGUUUAGGUCUCUCCGAGGCGAUGAGAUUAGGGAAAAAGGGAGGAGACCAUACUCGGGUGACUGAGCUUUGGGGAUAUUUUUUGACAUUGUCUGGCCUUUUCCAGGUUCUAAAUGGCUUCUAAGAAGUUGGGUGCAGAUUUUCAUGGGACUUUCAGUUACCUUGAUGAUGUUCCAUUUAAGAUAGGAGACAAAUUCAAAACACCAGCUAAAGUUGGUCUACCUGUUGGCUUCUCCUUGCCUGAUUGUUUGCAGGUUGUCAGAGAAAUACAGUAUGACUUCUCCUUGGAAAAGAAAACCAUCGAGUGGGCUGAAGAUAUUAAGAAAAUCCAAGCAGCCCAGCGGGAAGCUGAGCGCAAAGCUGAGGAAACAGAAGCUAAAGUGAAUUCUAAGAGUGGCCCAGAGGGUGAUAGCAAAAUGAGCUUCUCCAAGACUCACAGUACAGCCACAAUGCCACCUCCCAUUAACCCCAUCCUUGCCAGCUUACAGCACAACAGCAUCCUCACCCCAACUCGAGUCAGCAGCAGUGCCACGAAACAGAAAGUUCUCAGCCCACCUCACACAAAGGCAGAUUUCAAUCCUGCUGACUUUGAGUGUGAAGAGGAUCCAUUUGAUAAUCUGGAGUUAAAAACUAUUGAUGAGAAAGAAGAGCUGAGAAACAUUCUGGUAGGAACCACUGGACCUAUUAUGGCUCAGAUAUUGGAUAGUAACUUGCCCAGAGGAGGCUCUGGGUCUGUGUUACAGGAUGAGGAGGAGGUCCUGGCAUCCUUAGAGCGGGCGACCCUAGAUUUCAAGCCUCUUCACAAACCUAAUGGCUUUAUAACCUUACCACAGUUGGGCAACUGUGAAAAGAUGUCACUGUCUUCCAAAGUGUCCCUUCCCCCCAUCCCUGCAGUAAGCAAUAUUAAAUCCCUAUCUUUCCCCAAACUUGACUCUGAUGACAGCAAUCAGAAGACAGCCAAGCUGGUGAGCACUUUCCAUAGCACAUCCUGCCUCCGCAAUGGCACGUUCCGGAAUUCCUUAAAGCCUUCCACCCAGAGCAGUGCCAGUGAGCUCAAUGGGCAUCAUACUCUUGGGCUUUCAGCUUUGAACUUGGACAGUGGCACAGAGGUGCCAACCCUGUCCCCUUCUUCCCAGAUGCCUUCCCUUUCUGUGUUGUCUGUGUGCACAGAAGAAUCAUCACCUCCAAAUACAGGUCCCACGGUCACCCCUCCUAAUUUCUCAAUGUCACAAGUGCCCAACACUUCCAGCUGUCCCCAGGCCUAUUCCGAACUGCAGACACUGUCCCCCAGUGAGCGGCAGUGUGUGGAGACAGUGGUCAACAUGGGCUACUCAUAUGAGUGUGUCCUGAGAGCCAUGAAGAAAAAAGGAGAGAAUAUUGAGCAGAUUCUCGACUAUCUCUUUGCACAUGGACAGCUCUGUGAGAAGGGCUUUGACCCUCUUUUAGUGGAAGAGGCUCUGGAAAUGCACCAGUGUUCAGAGGAAAAGAUGAUGGAGUUUCUUCAAUUAAUGAGCAAAUUUAAGGAAAUGGGCUUUGAACUGAAAGACAUUAAGGAAGUUUUGCUUUUACACAACAAUGACCAGGACAAUGCUUUGGAAGACCUCAUGGCUCGGGCGGGAGCCAGCUGAGACCAGGCCCUACCUAGGCUUUGCCAUGGAACCACCACCCCCAGGAGGCCCUGCAGGGCCCACCUGUGGGGAAGAAGGGGCACACUUCUGGAUUUUAUUUUGGGGGUGGGAGGUCAGGUAUGGAGACUGCACUUGCCAGUUGCUAUGACCUAGGCCCUGAGCUGGGGAAAAAAUGAGGAAGACUUGGGCAUGUGAAUGCCCCCAGAAAAGUCCUGGCUCCUCCUCCCUUAUUAAAUGUAUUUGUAAUUUGAGAAGUGUCUUUCCCACCUCGGCUCUUCAGAGAGACUGCCCUGGUUUUCCUGGGGUCUUUAUGUCCUCCACCUACCUGCCAAGAGGAGUCAAAGAGAAGGGGUGGGAGGGCCAGACUCAGUGCUGCUUUGAGGCUAGGUGUUCCCACUACCCUCCCCACCUCAGCCUCACUGGUGGUGGACUGAACUCAUAACCAAGUUCAGUGCAAUUGAAAGGUUUUUCCAGGGUUUUGUUUUAUUUCCCCCCACUUUUAACAAAGUAUUCUAGUGUUACACUGGUCUGCAAAUGUCUCUGAGGUGCAAAGAAUGCCCUUUCCCCUUGGGGCCCUGAGUUUGCCUCUUCUGCCAGGCAGUCACCAUGCUUCUCUGCCCCAGCCUGUUUCUUUUUGCUUGGUUUGGCUCACAGCCCCCUCCUAUUCAGGGUUUACUGCUCUAGGAGACAGUUGUCGGUUUAAGAAGUCAUUGGCCCCUUCCCAGCACACUGAAUGGGGGAGAAAACAAGCCACGGUUUUAGUCUCCCAGCACUAACUCCACCUCUAUUCUUGGAGAACAGCCUCUCCCUUCAGCCCACUGCUUUAGGAUGACACGAUGAGUAACACCUAGUCCUAGGAAUCAGUCUUUUUGGUUUGUUUUGUAUUAUGUUGUACAUCAUUAAAGAUCUAAAUACAAAGGAUAUACAGUCUUGAUGAAUCUAAAGUAAUUUGCUAACUAUUUUGAUUCUUCAGAGAGAACUACUAAUAAAAAUCUAAAAGGUG